CUCAUCUUGCGUACUUGACACUAAGAUUGGUCAAACUACAACAACAUGGCGACUGGCAGAAAACGUGGACUAAAACUUCACUCAAUAAUUGAAAAGCUCUCCGAACAGUGCGAAAGAAAGAGUCCAGCGCGUGAUGAAGAAAGUGAAGAUAUCCACAUGAAUUCAAAAGUUCUCAAUAUAGAAAGAAAGCAAAGAAAGAGAAAUGGAGUCAAAAGAGUUUACAAAGAAGUGUUGUGCAGAUCAGAUUCUGAAGAUCUGUCUUCAGAUGAUGUUACUGGUGCAGUUAGUGACAAUGACAGCAACCUUGUUCAGGAGUUAGGAUUGAAAUCAGCUGAAAGCUUAACAACAAGAAGAGUGACUUCUUAUCCAAGAGCAGCAAAAAGAACUGCAUGGAGAAAACAGCUAAUUCAGAAAUAUCAAAUGCCUGAUACAAGAUCUUUGAACAUUAAGGAUAAGAAGAAAAAUAAAAAAAUAAAUAAGGAAUCAAAAGAAAAUAUAUCAAAAGUUGUCAAUGGUAGCAGUGGUGAGAAAGACUUGGCUAUUGAUGUAGCAUCAUUUGUUUAUCAUAGCCCAGUAGUAGAUGAUAUAGAUCAAGUUUCUGAAACACAUUCAUGUCCUUUCUGCUCUGUGUUGUGCAAGAAGAAGCAAGAUAUUACUCAGCACAUCAAAGAGUGUCAUAAUUCUGAAUGUGCAGUUGUGGAUCACGGUGAAGAAGAUGAAGAGACGUUUUCUUCAGAUUCCGAAGAACCUCUGGAUAAUGACAGUGAUGAAGACUUCACACCUUACAUGGAAACAGCACCAAAAAGGAAGAAUAAACAAGUUGUCAAAAGACAAAUAUGUCCAAACAAAAAGACAUGUUCAGAAGAAUCAGAAAAUGAACUUUGCAUUGAUGUCAACAGCGUAAUGAACACAGACCCCAGUGUCAAUGACAUUGACAGCCUUACAACUUGCAGACCUGAGGUUACAAAACGAGACAGCAAAGAUGACCCGCCAAAAGUCUGCUGUGGUUGUCAGGCUUGUGGAAUGCGAUUUUAUCAAUGGUGUGAGUUAAGAGCACACUUUGAUGCAAAGCCAGACUGUCGGAAAUUCUAUCAGUGUGACCAGUGUGAGCAGAUUUGUGUAACAACAAGCUUCCUUAAGAAGCACAAGAAACUUCACGCUGACGAGCGACCUCACAAGUGUGAAGUGUGCGAUGCAACUUUCAAAGACAAGGCCUAUCUCAAGCGCCAUGGAGUCAAACAUAGUGGAGCCAAGGACUUUAAAUGUGAUGUUUGUGACAAACUUUUUUCUCAUCAACGAACCCUGAAGGAACACAGACGACGACACACUGGUGAGAAGCCAUAUAAGUGUAAAUACUGCGACGCGAUGUUCUUUAAUUCUUCAAGUCUAACGACCCACAUUACUAAACACACUGGCAUCCUCCCUUACAAGUGCCAAGCAUGUGGCAAGCUGUUUGCCAAGUCAUAUGGACUCAAGAUGCACUCUCUUUCACACUCAAACGAAAAGCCAUUCGUCUGUGAGGUCUGUGGCAAAGGUUUCAAGCGUCCAGAUCACUUUAAGCAACAUAAAGUCAUUCAUUCUGAGAAUAAACCUUUCAAAUGUGAUACAUGCCAAAAGACAUUCAACCAAAGAGUGUGCCUCAGAAAGCACCUUCCUUGUAGAGAACAUGAGAAACAACAGAAAAAGCUGCAGAAUUCGCAAGCGAAAGGGAAUAAAACGAAAAAGAAAAAUAAACGAGCUAGAAAGCCUUCCAGAAAGAAGGAUGAAAAACCAGGUGACUCCAGAGUAACUUCACAGGACUCCACCAGUCACACAGUAAACGAUACAGCCAAUGAUUCUUGUGACGUUUCAAACGAUUUCAUCUUGUCACCCAUGGAUGCGAAUGAGACUUCCCUUUUAGACAGUUGCUAUUCUCCACCGUCAUUCGUCCGGCCUGCAGCCAAGUUACUUGAUAAUGAAUAUUAUCCUAGUCAACAUGAAACCCAUCCAGAUUUUCAGCCGCAAGACCGAAGUUUUUCAACACAGCACUUCACCGACCGAGCUCAAACAAGUUUACUCCCAGCAUCGUUCGUUCCAACCAUGUUCAGUUUGGAGGAACCUCUAACACUUGAUACACUUCCUCCACUUCCUACCCAACAUACGCAUGCGUUACCCGAAAGACCACCGAGUCAUGAAAAUGCAACUGACUUGUGUCCAGUAUUGCUAAGUAGCGCGAUGGAGCCAGAGAACUUGAGUUCCAUUGUUGGGGAGACAAACUCGUUGUUUGCCCAAGAUUAAGCGGACCAAUGCAAGCGUCUGAGCAACUGUGCACCCACCCCUCCCCUAGCCAACAACAGUCAACUGAUAGCAAGUUAAGGUUAAUGUUGGGUUAGGUGAGGGGUGGUGCACUGUUGCUCAGCAUUGAAAUUGAUCUGAUUCAGCUCAUAACAUUUCAUCAAUUCUCCCCAAAUGAAGGUUACACGGUUUCGUUAGUUUAAAAUUCUAUUUAAUCUGAAUGAUCCAAAAUUGAGGUAACACUAAGGUUCCUGUUAUAUUUAAUUGUUUAAUUGAUUUAUACAAGGGAGAUGAUUAGUAUUGACAUUCGUAAAUUGCAUACGUUUCAGUAGUAAUCAGAUCGGUGUGAACACUUUGUUCGAAAUAAAUCACCAUUGAGUUUUUUUU